AUGGAGUUCGAUACGGAAGAUCAUGCAUAUAGAUUUUAUAACAUGUAUGCUGGAUUCAUUGGUUUCAGCGUUAGAAAAGAUUGGAGGAAUACAAGCAAAUUAGAUAAGGAGAUUGUGAUAUCUCGAAAAUAUGUUUGCUUUAAGGAAGGAUUUAAAAGGAUCAAAGAUGAUGAAGGAAAAAUUGCCCGAAAAGAUAUCAUAACAGGAUGUUUAGCACACAUGGUUAUUGGUCGAUCAUCAAAUGGAAAAUAUGUUGUUACUUCUUUUGUGAAAGGACAUAAUCAUGAGCUUGCAACUCCGAGGAGUAGGCAUAAAUUGCCCUCACAAAGGAGAGUUUCUGUCUCUCAAGCGGCUGAAGUUGAAAUGACAGCUUGUUCUGGUAUACAUCAAAAAUUAAUUUUUGAGUUUAUGAGUCGACAGGCUGGAGGGAGAGAGAAUGUUGGAUGCACAGCUAAAGAUAUCAGCAAUCAUUUGAGUUCUAAGAGGAUAGAGGAAAUGGAAGAAGGUGAAGCAUACACUCUUCUUCAUUACUUUAAAUCAAAGAAAACAGAGAAUCUGUCCUUUUUCUAUGAAAUUUAA